AUGACCUCAGAGGGCUUAUCUUUAGAAGACCGUGACUCCUCAGGGUCCUGUGUAUACCCGUUUGGUGAUAUGCCGGACGAGGUCGAGCAAGCAACCGUGUCUAUGAAGAAGUUGGCCACAGAGCUCGCUUCAAAUGGCUUCUCAUCCGACGAGUCAUUCUACACGCUCUGCGAAUCAUCACUGAUGAAAAACACCUUUUGGUCUCACCCAGGCAUGCGUGUUGUCCGUCCACGCACCCAAAGCAGCGUGGGAAACCAAGACAUUGUUGGUAGCUAUCUCCAUGCCGACUUGCUCGAAUUCCAUCCUGCUCAAACACCGGGCCAAACUCUGCAGAGCUUUGCCGAUGAGCUUUUCGAAGCGACCACCGCGAGACCUCCCAUCAUCCGCAUCCUCUAUCACUCUGAUGAAAGUCAACCUAUUGAUUUCAACAGCCUCCGAAGCUUUGUCCCCCUAGUCUCAAGUGAUGAUGCCGGCUUGUCUGCUGCUGGCAGAGAGAAGAAGUAUGUAGUCCUGGCGGUUGUUCGCCUCAAUGACAGCAACAACAAACACGACUACGUCCGUACUUAUAUGAACUAUGGGCCCGAAAUCAUCGGCGAGUAUGAGCCCCCAUCUUUCAUGGCUCAUCGAUGGUCUGUCCGGGAUGCGCCCGCCAAGUACAUGCUCAUUUAUGGGCUUCACGAGCAACGGUCAAACGACCCAACGGAUUCUGCUCGUUUUCCUGAAGUAGGCACUUAUCCGAUCUCUCAGGAAGACCUCUCCCUUUAUCGCAUAGUCGAUCUCGACCUCAAACGUGCGAUUCUGGCACUCAAAGCAUCCGAAGCUGAGUCGACAACGACUGACACCAAACUUUUUGGAGACUCUCACCAAUCUAAUCCAGAGUACAAGGAUCCCCGGAUCAAACUUGAUGGGCUCUAUCGGCCAAAGCGUGCUUGGUACGUUAAGGAGAACUCUCCUGGAUAUGGGUCAGAUCGCCCCUUCAAGGAGUAG